AUGGCUCUUGGUUCUAAUAAUGUUGAGGGAGCUGGUGUUUCUGUGCUAGACACGACAUUGGAUUUUAAUAAAACGAUUCCGUUUAUGGAACUCUGCUGCUUAGUUAUAAUCUAUAAAUAUCGUACUUUUGAAAAUGUUUAG